GUUUAAGCAAAUAGAAUCCGACCUUUUCUCCAAGCAAACCCCAAAUUUCAAACAGCAAAAUCUGAGCCACCAGAGACGCAUAUAUAUACUUAAACUCCUGCUUUCAAUAUCCCUAAUGCUGACUCUCAAGGCCCUAAAUUUAUUUCUUGAACAUGGUAGGUUCUCUGCAAAGUCCCAACCCUAAAAAAGAAGAAAAAGAAUGCUCAAACGAUCUUUCUUUCUCAGUUUUAGGCCUUGAAGAUCUUUCUUUCUCAUGUAUAGACUCUUUUCUUGAUUUUGAUUACAUCGAGGAUUGGAUUGAGGAGAACCCAGAGCCAUAUAGUAAGAGUAUGGCUAAUGAUUUGGGAGAAAACUCCGUUGGUUUUAGCUCAGAAAAAGUUGCAUCUGAGAUGUUUGAUAAAAGUCUUGAAAUAGGUUCAGCUGGGUUAGUUGGUGAAGAGGGUGGAAGAAAGUUGGGAUCUUUGGGUCAAGAAAAGGUUGAAUUGGUAGGAGGUGAGAAGGGUAGUGAAACGGGUUGUCAAAGGUUUUGUGAUAAAAUUAAGGUUGAAGAGGGGAUAGAUGGGGUUGACGGUAUCAAGUCGGGAGGCCUGGGAUGUUCUAUUGAGGAAGAGAUGGGGAAAGUUAGUUUGGAGGCAGGUUGGAGCGAUCCAGAUUCUGUUUUUGGCGGUUUGACUGGUGUAAAGCAAGGUGGAGAGGGUUGUGACAAUGGAAAUAGUGAGGAUGAUUGUGGUUGUGAUGUGGUGAAAAGUGUUGAGGCAAACAUUAGUGGUACUGGUGGUAAGGAGAUCGGUGUUGUUGAAAAUUUUGGCGCGAAGACCACUAAAACAAGUGAGAUGAUGAAUGCAGAUAAUACUGAAGAAAAGAGUGGUAAGAAUGCGAGUGAAGGAGAUGAGAGUGAUAGUACUAGUGACUCAGAGGGUGAAAGUGACAGUGAAAUUGAAAGUUCAUCUUCAUCUUCCUCUUCCUCUUCCUCAUCAUCCGGGAGUAGUGAUGAUGAUGACGACGAUGAAGUCGAUGGCAAGGAGAAGUGGGGAAGUAGCAAAGAAAGAAAAGGACAAGAUAUAGAGAUGGAAGAGGGUGAGAUAGUCGCAUCUGACCCAGAAGAGAUGGUGGCCUGGAGCGGUGACGAUGAAUAUGACGAGGAUGAGGGUGGCAGUGGCGUUUCCACGUUGGGGCCUCCUAAGUCCAAAAAUGAACUCACGCUUCUUCCUCCAGUUCCUCCAGUGAAUGUGGCCCUACUACCACACCAUAAGAUCCAGCCAGUUGGAGUUGUUUUAUCGGUGUUGGGGGCUCAAGUCAUUGUAGAAGGGGUUGAAAAACAUAAUCCUCUCAAUGAGGGCUCUAUAUUGUGGAUUACAGAAAGCAGGUCCGCACUGGGGUUAGUGGAUGAAAUUUUUGGUCCAGUGAGGAAUCCUUACUACAUUGUUAGGUACAAUUUAGAAAGUGAAGUACCUGCUGGAAUCCGACCAGGCAUUUCAAUAUCUUUUGUUCCAGAAUUUGCAAAUCAUGUCCUCAAUGAUAAGAGUCUUUACUCAAAAGGAUAUGAUGCAUCAGGAGCAAAUGAUGAAGAAUUAUUUGAAGAAGAAGAAUUUUCAGAUGAUGAGAAGGAGGCUGAGCACAGAAAAAUGCAGAGGAACAAGAAAAGGGGCACCAAUGAUAAUAAAAUUGGAAACCUGAAAAAGGAUGAAAAGAGAUUUGGAAAUUGGUCUAGGAACUCGAAAUAUGAUUCUACAGUCAACAGACAUUUACCUAUGGAGGGAGCUAAGCGACAAGUUGACCACAGUAGCCAUCAUGUUCCCCCUGCUGUUGUAUCGCAGCAUCAAGGCAAUGGGUUACACUCCUUGAGCCUAGGACAAGGUUCAACUUGUCAACCUGGGCUGGCUCCUCCAUUUGUACAACUGGCAUCAACCGCUGGUUUUAGUGCGUUGUCUGGAGGGGCUAAUGGCAUUGCGUUCCAGCAGCCUCAAACUGUUGGCUUUCCUGGAUUACCAACAAAUGGCAUGCCAACAGUGAGAAAUCCUUAUUAUGUGGGAGGGUGCAACUCGGAAAAUGAGGCAGAGUAUGGUAAAACACUGAAAAAUGAGAAUAUGCGUAGAAAUGAUGACAAAUUCGAUAACCAGAAAAAGGAUCGAUUGCAAUUGGGAAAUUGGUCCGGGAAUUCGAGGAAAGAUCCUGCAGCUAACCCACAGGGAUCUCUGGAGAGAGGUAAACUACCAUUUGAUCACACCAAGCAUCAUGUGCCCCUUUUGGCUCAACCACCAGAUCAAGGCAAUGGGUCAUUCUCUGGUCUGGGACAAGGUUUGGCUUUUCAGCCUGGUUUGGGUUCUCCAUUUGUCCAACUUUCCUUGGGCUCUGGUUUUAGCGCAACUUCUGGUGGGGCAAAUGCAAUCCCAUUUCAGCAGCCUCUAAGUUUUGGCUUUCCUCAGUUACCCGUAAAUGUUAACCCAUGGGUGCAACAAAUUAAUCAGCUUCAUCAAAUGCCUUCGCAGAACAUAUUGUCGUUCCAACAGCAAAUUAAUGCUAGUCAAAAUUUGCCUUCUAACCUGGUUAUAUCAGGCAUGCAGUCAGGUUUUGGUGCAGAACCUUCAUGCUCGAGUCAAAAUGCAUUUAACCGUUUACCAUUUGGAGUGACUACACCAGGUCAACAGGCUUCCCUCCCCAUAAAUGUAGGAGAACAAGCAGUUCCAGCAAACAUGUCUCAGACAAUGCACAAUUAUGAACCACAGCAACUUGCAUCUUUUACUGGUAAACGGGACACGUACCGAAGCAUUAGUCAUGGUAAGCAUUAUCGUGGAGGUAGAAAACCAAAUCGUAGGGGUGGUGGUCAAUUUGGAGGUGGAAGGGGCAGGCAACAACAUGGCUAAGUUCAGUUCGUUGAUUGGUUUCAUGGCUUUGUGCAUUGGCUUAGUUAUUUAAUCUGUAUUAUGCAUGUUUCUGUGGAUGCUACUUGGUUAGGAAGUGUCAGCUUGGGUUCAUAGAGAACAUAGUCUUGCUUGCUAUGGCCGUAUGAUGGCGACCUCUGUGUUGUUUGUACAAUUUGUGCAACUUAGAAUCCAUUAGUACUUUAAUGACUCUCUCUAGCCGUGGACUUGCUGCCCUUGUGAAUGUGUACAAGUAAUAGCAGAUUGACUUUGAAUUAUCUUUU